AUGAGAAUGGAUUUCUUCGUUCCUGUGCGACCUGCAGUCUUGCGUGGAGCAGCAUUGCCUAGUUUUCAUGACUGGAAGCUCGUCGACACCUCCGCCUCGACCACCCAGGGUAUAGCAAGCUUGCCUAAGAAAGUUCGCCUCCUCCCACGAAGGAAAAGAAGAUCAUCAGUCGAAUCUCCCAAGGAAGUUGUACUAGGGAUGGACCAGAUCUCUUCACUCUUCCACCUCCCACAGUGCGAAGCUGCACAACAAAUGGGGAUAUCCCUCUCUGCACUCAAGAAUGUUUGCCGCAAAGUCGGUCUCGACAAGUGGCCUUACAAGAGAAAGUACUCGUCGACCAAAGGAGCGCAGAAUUGUUUGAAGCAAGCAGAUAUGUCUCUCUUUGACGAGGCCUUAGAGCAUGUGCAAGGGAAACUCGAGAAUUCAUUUGACUUUUAA